AUGUUAGGAAAGGGCUCAGAGCUGCGAAAGUUGUACUACAUGCCGCACAACAUGGGGCACAGCGAUGGCGUGAAUUGUAUGCUUAUGGCAGAUGGCAAAAUUUACACUGGUGGGCGUGAUGAAUAUCUGUUCGUCUGGAGAGCCGAGCGCACGGCCAAUGGAGAAUUUGAGCUCAUGCAGGAUUGCCCUCCGAUUCACUUGGGUGCCAGCAUUACGGCCAUUUUCUACGAGGCCUCCGCAAAGUGGCUGCUCUGUGGCCUUUGGAAUGGAGAUAUCCGGGCCUUCUGCAAGGAGCCGAUGCGGGAGGAGCGGCUGGCGGGCCACCGCCGCUCAGUGACCUGCCUCCAGGUGCACUCCUCAGUGCUUAUCUCGGGGUCCAACGAGGGCCAAGUGCGGCUCUGGACCUUCAAUGGCCAGACCUUCCAAGGCCAUGGUCAGCCCCUGACGAACCCUAGCGGCCCUGUGACCUGCCUGCGGGUGCUCGGUGAAGCACUCUGGGUGGGGGGCUACGAGGGCAUCUCCUGCUUUGACUUGGGGACUUUGCAAGCACGAGGAACGAUUUCCUCUCAACAUCACGUGACGGGAUUGCUGGAGUGCCAAGGCUUCAUGAUCGCGACCUUCCGCAAUGGCGAGGUGAGCAUCUACGAAGCCUCAGGCUCCCAGGUCUUCCGGCGGCACGCUAUGGGCGAGCACGCGUCCAACACCGCCGUGGAGCUCAUGCUGCACCCCGCGACUCAGAAGCCACUUCUGCUGUGCGGGCAAGUGCAGGGCUACGUGACUGCGUACGACCUACCAGAGUUCCGUCCUCGGGGCAGCUUUUGCUGCAAAGACCGCAGUGAUGUGAAGGCGAGGUGGGGUGGUGGGGUAGGGAAGCGGCUAACACAGGUCACUCUUCCAUUGAGACCGCCGCAAAAUCCAUUGUUUCUUUGCCCCGCUUGCCACGCUUGCUUCUCCUCAAGAGCUAGUUUCUUCUCUCGAAUCGAGGUUGUUUUGCGUGGCUUCCCACAACCUUCCUUGCCCCCCACUCUUGUCACCCUGACCCUGCCUUCUCCUCCACUCGCACGUCGCCCGGCUUCGUACGAGUCUGCCUCUUAUAGGUUACUAGGCUGA